AUGGUUGAUAUUGGAAGCCCAACGAGUCUCUGUUUCCGUACAAACACUACUUGCAAUGCUCUACUUCGGGAGCUUCAGAAAAUAUGGGUUGAUAUUGGUGAGAGUGAUGCUGAGAAAGACCGGAUGCUAAUGGAAUUGGAAAAGGAAUGUCUCGAAAUCUACAGAAGAAAAGUCGACGAGGCUGCAAAUUCCAAAGCACAGCUUCAUCAAUCAGUUGUAUCAAUUGAAGCUGAAAUUGCGUCUUUGAUGGCUACUCUUGGAGUGUUAAACUUCCAUUCACCGAUCAAAGAGAAAGGUUCGAAAUCGUUGAAAGAAAAGCUUGCCGCUGUGAAGCCUCUGCUUGAGGACUUGAAAGUGCAAAGAGACGAAAGACUGAAGCAGUUUGUGGAUAUAAGAGCGCAGAUUGAGAAGAUGAGCGGUGAGAUCUCUGGUUACAGUGACCAACUCAAACAAACGAUGAUUGAUUCUUUGACUCUUGAUGAACAAGACUUGACUCUUCGGAAACUUAACGAGUACCAAACACGUCUAAACUCGCUCCAGAAGGAGAAGUCAGAUCGUCUGAACAAGGUGUUGGAUUAUGUGAAUGAAGUGCACACUCUAUGUGGUGUUCUUGGAGCUGACUUUGGUCAAACUGUUAGCGAGAUUCAUCCGAGCUUACAUAGGACUAACCAUGAACAGUCUACAAACAUUAGUGAUGGUACAUUGGAUGGUCUACAAGACAUGAUUCAAAAGCUGAAAACUGAAAGGAGAGUCCGCUUUCAAAAGUUAAAGGAUGUAGUGGGGACACUUUUCGAGCUAUGGAAUCUAAUGGACACACCUCAAGAAGAGAGAAUUAAAUUUGCAAGAGUCAGUUAUGUUGUGAGAUCAUCUGAAACUGAUAUCACUGAGCCAAAUAUCCUUUCUACUGAAACAAUUGAACAGGUGUCUGAAGAAGUAGACCGUUUCAACAAGCUGAAAUCUAGCAGAAUGAAGGAGCUUGUGAUGAAGAGAAGGUCUGAGUUGGAGAAUCUCUGCAGAUUGGCUCACAUUGAUCCUGAUACUAGCACAUCGCUUGAGAAAUCAGCUGCUCUGAUUGAUUCUGGAAUAGUGGACCCUGCAGAGCUUCUUGCUAACAUCGAAGUGCAGAUAAACAAAGUCAAAGACGAGGCACAGAGUCGAAAAGAUAUAAUCGAUAGGAUUGAUCGUUGGUUAUCAGCAUGCGAAGAAGAGAACUGGCUAGAAGAAUACAAUCAGGAUGAGAACCGGUAUACUGCUGGAAGAGGCGGACAUUUAAACCUAAAGCACGCAGAACGAGCUCGGAUUACAGUAAACAAGAUCCCCUCAAUGGUUGAUAAUCUCAUCAAGAAAACGCUUUCAUGGGAGGACGAAACACAGAAGUCAUUUCUAUAUGAUGGUGUUCGAUUGGUGUCCAUACUUGAAGAUUAUAAACUGACAAGGAAACAACAAGAGGAGGAAAAGAAACGAUACCGGGAUCAAAAGAAGAUGCAGGAGCUCAUACUAAACCGGAGGGAAUCCAUUUACGGAUCAAAACCGAGUCCAAGAAGAAGCAACAGCGUGAAAAGGUCCAACGGGUACAGUGGGAAUGUAUCGGUGCCUCCUACGCCUCGCAGAAGCUCAGCUGGAGCAACAAACACCGAGACUAUGACCCCAAGAUCUUACUCGAGCCAUCGCCAAAACGGAUAUUUCAAGGAAGAGAGGAGACUCGCUACAGCUCCUUUGAACUUUGUGGCUAUACAAAAGGAAGAUUCUGCGUCUACGUACACUUCGGUUUGCGGCUCUGAACCAGACUCACCGUUACAAAACUGA